AUGCAUCUGAAGGUCUUGUCAAGAGAGACAGCUGAAAUGAAAAUGGGUGGGUCAUGGUAUUCUCUGAAAAGCGUCUUUACUAAUCUUAAGGAUCGAAUGCUCAGAAAUCCUGAAAGUUACAAGCAAAUUAGUAGUGAGACAACACAUUCUACAGAAUCAUCUGAGGUUAUCACAACACAAACUGGUGAUAGUAAACAUAUUGCUGAAUCUGGGGGGUCUAAUAAUGUACUUAAGUCAUCAGAAAUCCCAACAGACUCCAGCAGUACUGAAGAGAGCAUUUCAACUUGUAUAACAUCUCAUUUACAGAGGAGACACCUCUCCGAAGAUGCAGUUAAUACAACAGCUUCUGUUGUUAUGGAGAUGCAGGGAUCCCCUGAUGAUAUUAAGCAUAAUGAGCAUGAUGGUACUGUUCAAGUAGCAAGUUCCAUAAUUUCAGAUAAUCCAAAGGAGGUCAUGCUUGAAAAUGGGAAGAGGCUGCUUCAGGAACUGGCAUCUGGAGCAAUUGUUGAACCAACUAAUAAUCAGAAUAAGGGGGUUGGCCACCUAAUUUAUCUUGCAGAUCGCUUAUUUGAGGAUGCUUUCGAUACAAGCCAGAACAAAAUUGUGAAUGAAUCGGCUUCAAUUAGAAACACAGAGUUUCACCUUGAGAAGAAAACAGCCACACUUGUUGAAAGGGUGAAAAUUGAUGGCUCUAAAUUGAAUGAAAGACCUCCAUCAUCUGAUGGACUAGUGGACUUGUUUAAAAUGACAGUGAGUAAUAAAACAGCAGCAGAAAUGGGUAGUGUAAAUGGUGAUCUUUCUGCAGCAAGUGAAUCUUUUAGUAAUCAUGAUGGAACAUCACUGAAAAAAGUAGAGAGGUCAUUCGAUUUCAGUGGCUUAAUUGACCACAUUAGGAUGCUGCCAGGAGUUCCAGCCCAAGACAAUGCUAUGUGCGCAAUUGAUAAUAUCCAAUCCCAGGUUGAGUUGCAGAAGUCUGAUUCUGAAAGCAGAAAUACUGUAUUGAAAGGCCGUGCUGUGGGGAAGAAUAGUAAGAAGACUGGUGAAAUAAAGAAAGGGCAGAGUGUUAAAGCCAUGACCAAGGAUGAGGGUGGUAAUUUGCUUAUCGCAGAGAAGGAUCACAUUAAAUUAGAAAAAAAUCCACAAGUUCCUCUUCAAACUAGCAAAAAAGGUUCAAAUCAAACUGUUUUAACAUGUUUUUCAGAAGGACAUACAGAAAACAAAGUAUUGCUCAGAUUCUUGCACAAAGAUGUUAGGGACAGUGAUAUAAUUUCUUAUUUUAGGAAUUUCGGGCCUAUAUCAAAGAUUAAAAAGGUUUCCUCUGUCAAAGGAAGCAAUUUCUUUGAUGCUAUUUUGCAUUUUGAGGUCAGUGCCUAA